UUUCUUUUGGUAUUUUCAUUCAUCAAUCGAGACUGCUCAUUUUCUCCCUCUACAGACCCUCAAAUAAGUCUCCAACAAACAUCCCUCCCUAUCCUCUUCAUAUUAAUCUUCCAUAAAACACCGCAAUCAUGGGUAGCGCUCCAGCUCAAAAGUUCAAGGUCGCCGACAUCUCGUUGGCCGCUUUUGGUCGCCGCGAGAUCGAGCUCGCAGAGAUCGAAAUGCCAGGUCUCAUGGCCAUCCGAACAAAGUACGCAGACGAUCAGCCUCUUGCCGGUGCCAGAAUCGCUGGCUGCCUUCACAUGACCAUCCAAACCGCCGUCCUUAUCGAGACCCUGAAAGCUCUGGGUGCAGAAAUCACCUGGUCCAGCUGCAACAUCUUCUCAACACAAGAUCACGCUGCAGCUGCCAUUGCUGCUGGUGGCACACCCGUCUUCGCCUGGAAGGGUGAGACUGAGGAAGAGUACGAGUGGUGUUUGGAACAACAGUUGCUGUCUUUCCCGUCUGGAAAGUCCCUCAACCUCAUUCUUGACGAUGGCGGUGACUUGACCGCUCUUGUCCACAACAAGUACCCCGAGAUGCUGAAAGACUGCUACGGUGUGUCAGAAGAGACUACCACUGGUGUUCACCACCUCUACCGAAUGCUCAAGGGCAAGAGCUUGUUGAUUCCUGCUGUCAACGUCAACGACAGCGUCACCAAGUCAAAAUUCGACAACCUGUACGGAUGCAGAGAAUCCCUGGUCGAUGGUAUCAAGCGUGCUACCGAUGUCAUGAUUGCUGGCAAGAUUGCUGUCGUUGCAGGCUUCGGUGAUGUUGGCAAGGGUUGUGCUCAAGCUCUUCACAGCAUGGGUGCUCGCGUCCUCGUUACCGAGGUCGACCCCAUCAACGCUCUACAAGCCGCUGUCUCUGGCUACCAGGUUGUGACCAUGGAGGAUGCUGCCCCUCUAGGUCAGAUCUUCGUCACCACUACUGGGUGCAGAGAUAUCAUUGUCGGAAAGCACUUUGAAGUCAUGCGAAACGACGCCAUUGUCUGCAACAUUGGUCACUUCGACAUUGAAAUUGAUGUCGCUUGGCUCAAGAAGAACUCCAAGAGCGUCCAGAACAUCAAGCCUCAAGUCGACCGAUACACCAUGCCCAACGGUAACAACAUCAUUCUCCUCGCCGAGGGCCGUCUAGUCAACCUAGGAUGCGCCACCGGCCACUCCUCUUUCGUCAUGUCCUGCUCCUUCUCCAACCAAGUCCUUGCUCAAAUCAUGUUGUACAAGGCCGAGGAUGAGGCUUUUGGCAAGAAGUACAUUGAGUUCGGCAAGAGUGGCAAGAAGGAGGUUGGUGUCUAUGUCCUGCCUAAGAUCCUUGACGAGCAAGUCGCUCUCCUACACUGUGAGCACGUCAACGUCAAAUUGACCAAAUUGACCGAAGUCCAAGCCGAAUACUUGGGUCUGGAUGUCGAGGGUCCUUUCAAGUCAGACAUGUACCGAUACUAGAUGUCCCUUUUCCGUGCAUUGUACAGUCUCGGCUUUCUGGCGCAUCUGUACCGGCGUUCUUGGUCCUCAACCUCGGAAGUUGGUUUCUAAUGCUCAACGCAUAGAAUGGGAAGGCGAGACGAUAUGUUGAACCUCUUGGGAUGGCAAAAGAAUUUUGCAUCAGCUCAACGACUAACGAGGCAAAAGUGGGAACGAUGAUAUGACAGACACAACAAAAGUUUUGUGUCUUUCUUGUCCUCUUGUGCAUUGUUCUGUUGAACAGCCAAGAGAGCAACGUCCUUCAACGGACGAACUGGAGAAGCUUCAUCAGCUUUCCAACAGAUACCCCCAGAUA